AUGCCGGGCUGCCGCAUCAGCGCCUGCGGCCCGGGGGCCCAGGAAGGGUCGGCGGAACCGGGGUCCCCAUCGCCGCCGCCCCGGGAGCGCCUAUUCUCCCCUCAGCCCCCGUCCCCAGCUCCGACCUUGACCCCGACCCCGGCUCAGGCCUCACCGCAGCCCGAAGUGGCCCAGGAGUCGGCGGGCUCGGCCGAGGGGCAGGAGCUGCAGCGCUGGCGCCAGGGCGCUAGCGGGGGCGCGGGGCGCACCGGGCCGGCAGGGGGCGCGGGCGGCGGCCCGGGCGCGGCGGCGGCGGCGGCGGCGGCGGCGGCGGCAGGAGGCCGCGCGCUUGAGCUGGCCGAAGCGCGGCGGCGACUGCUGGAGGUGGAGGGCCGCCGGCGCCUGGUGUCGGAGCUGGAGAGCCGCGUGCUGCAGCUGCACUGCGUCUUCCUGGCGGCCGAGCUGCGCCUGGCGCACCGCGCCGAAAGCCUGGGCCGCCUGGGCGGCGGCGUGGCGCAGGCCGAGCUCUAUCUGGCGGCGCACGGGUCACGCCUCAAGAAGGGCUCGCGCCGCGGCCGCCGCGGCCGCCCGCCCGCGCUGCUUGCCUCUGCGCUCGGUCUGGGCGGCUGCGUGCCCUGGGGUGCCGGGCGCCUGCGGCGGGGCCACUGCCCCGAGCCCGAUUCGCCCUUCCGCCGGAGCCCGCCCCGCGGCCCCGCCUCCCCCCAGCGCUGA